AUGGAGUCAUCAAGAGGACCUCCGAGGGUCAAGAACAAGGCCGCCGCGCCUGUUCAAAUCAGCGCCGAACAGCUGCUUCGAGAAGCUGUUGACAGACAAGAAGUUGGGGUUCAGGCACCUGCCCAACGAUUUGCUGAUUUGGAAGAGCUUCAUGAGUUCCAGGGAAGGAAAAGAAAAGAGUUUGAGGACUAUGUGCGACGUAAUCGACUCAACAUGAACAACUGGCUGCGAUAUGCGUCAUGGGAACUUGAGCAGAAGGAGUUUGCACGCGCAAGAUCCAUCUUUGAGCGCGCACUCGAUGCCCAUCCCAACAAUGUUCAGCUAUGGAUUCGGUACAUCGAGUCUGAGAUGAAAUCCAGGAAUAUCAACCAUGCGCGAAACCUGCUCGAUCGCGCCGUUGCGCGCCUACCACGAGUCGACAAGCUCUGGUAUAAAUACGUCUACAUGGAGGAGAUGCUGGGCAAUAUUCCCGGUACACGACAAGUCUUUGACCGAUGGAUGCAAUGGCAGCCCGACGAGGCGGCAUGGAGCUCAUACAUCAAAUUGGAGAAGCGAUACAGCGAAUUCGAGCGAGCACGAGAGAUCUUCCGAACCUUUACCAUGAUUCAUCCCGAGCCGCGGAAUUGGAUAAAGUGGGCUAAGUUUGAGGAAGAAUUUGGCACCAGCGACCAGGUGCGGGAAGUUUUUGGCGAGGCAGUAGAGGCGCUGGGCGACGAGUUUGUCGAUGAAAAGUUGUUCAUCGCCUAUGCUCGAUUCGAGGCGAAGCUAAAAGAGUAUGAGCGCGCUCGUGCGAUAUACAAGUACGCCCUCGAUCGACUACCACGAUCUAGAUCGAUGAUCCUGCACAAGGCAUAUACAACUUUCGAGAAGCAAUUUGGCGACAAGGAUGGAGUGGAAGAUGUAGUUCUGUCCAAGAGGAGAGUGUACUACGAAGAGUUAAUCAAAGAGAACCCGAAGAACUACGAUGCCUGGUUUGACUAUGCAAAGCUCGAGGAGACCUCUCAAGACUCUGAUCGGAUCCGAGACAUAUACGAGAGGGCUGUUGCUCAGGUCCCGCCAACACAGGAGAAGCGACAUUGGAGGCGGUAUAUCUAUCUAUGGAUCUUUUACGCCAUAUGGGAAGAGACGGAGGGACAGGAUGUCGAACGCACACGACAGAUUUACAACACAUGCUUGGGACUGAUCCCACACAAGAGAUUCACAUUCGCCAAAAUCUGGCUCAUGGCAGCGCACUUUGAGAUCCGACAGGGCCAGCUUACUGCGGCGCGGAAACUCCUCGGCCGCGCCAUCGGUAUGUGUCCAAAGGACAAGAUCUUCAACGGCUACGUCGACCUGGAGCGGAAACUUUUCGAGUUUGUGCGGUGUCGUACUCUAUAUGAAAAGCACAUCGAGUACAACCCUGCCAACUGCCAGACAUGGAUCAAGUUUGCGGAGCUCGAGCGCGGCCUGGAUGAUCUGGAGCGUACGCGAGCUAUCUUUGAACUCGCCGUUCAGCAACAACAGCUCGAUAUGCCAGAACUGCUGUGGAAAGCAUACAUCGAUUUCGAGGAGGAAGAGGGCGAGUACGAGCGUACACGAGAUCUUUACGAGCGCCUUCUCGAGAAGACGGACCACGUCAAGGUCUGGAUCAGUUACGCACACUUCGAGAUCAACAUCCCAGAAGAGGAGGAGGAAGAGGGCGACGAGGAGCAGCCAGUUAGCGAAGAGGCCAAGGCGCGAGCACGAAAGGUCUUCAAGCGAGCGCACAAGAGCAUGCGAGACAGAGACCUCAAGGAAGAGUGUGUUUCACUCCUCAACGCCUGGUUAUCGUUCGAGCGCACGCACGGCUCUGCAGAGGAUGUGGAGGCGGUACAGAAACAGAUGCCACGCAAGACGAAGCGACGGAGAAAGCUCGAGGACGACUCGUGGGAGGAAUAUAUCGACUAUGUCUUCCCCGCCGACGACAAGCAAGCGGCCAACCUAUCCAAUCUUUUGUCUAUGGCGCAGAGCUGGAAGCAGCAGUCAGGGGGAGGUCUCGGCGCAUGA